CGAGUCCUUGCACAUGCAAUAAAAAUAUGGAGGACAACCGGCUCGUUUAUUGUUUCUGAUCUGUUGGCAGUUUAUUGGGCAUUUUCUCUCAAGUCGUAAGUAUUUGUCUCCCAGAAAUAAUAUCUACUAACGUUCAUUUCGUGGAGACUUAAUAUUUGGCCGUUUAAACGGAUUUUAAGCGGGAAUUAUGCGACUGUUUGGCAAGAUAUUUUAUAACGUUUGUAUUUUAUUGUGAUUUUCAACAUAAUUGUUAUAAGCAGCUGAUAUGUUACUGAUCAAAGUCUUACAGAUAUUUUUGUUGGGAGAAGUAAAAAAGACACUGUCAGUACUUAAACCUUGUCCCUCACACUAUAUUAAUUAAAAUAUUGCGAAUAUACAGUGUCAGUGUCGAAAUAAAUAUGACAUUUGUUUCUCAACCGGAAUAGCAGAUUUUGAAAUAUUUAGUAAUUGCAGUCAGGAUGUCCAUUAUUCCUUUAUGUUUCUGAUUGACAAGAUAAUUUUUCUGAUGUUUGAAAACAGAAAAAAAUUCUGUUGUUAUCAGGUUUUAACUUGUUCAUAAUAUUCUACAUUGCUCUGUAUGUAUUAAACCACUGUGACAUUCACAUGGCAUUCAACACAACAUUGGGUAUGACAUUUGAUCUACUGAUAUCAGACUGCUGCUGUCUAGUAAUCUUGAACUGUCUGUGCCAGUGUAGGUAGUGGCAAUAAUAUUAACAAGCUUUCGUUGGUAAUGGUGCAUAGUUGGUAAUGGUAGGGAUGCAACUACCUGAAAAUAUAAGGAGAGUUUUGAUUGAAGGCCCUUCAUCUGGCUAAUAACUCCAGACGAAGGGUCUUUGCUCAAAACAUUGAAAAUCUCAUUUUUCAGGUAGUUGCAUCCCUACCAACGGAAGCUUGUUAAUGUUGCUGUCAAUGUCUGCUACGGAUUUUCCUAGUAAGUUUGACACAUAUGUGCUGUUUCGUUCAGAGAUCAUAACACCACCAUCUAAGUCUGAUAUGCAUCACAUCAGACAGGGUCUGACAUUUACAGUAUCCCGAUAUCCACGGGAUACCAAAAAUUUGGUUUUGGAAAGCACACUGUGAAUGACUUGUAUCCCGACUGGAUACAAAGAAUAUUUCAAACAUUAUUAAUAGUAAGAAAAUGUUAAACACCUUUGACUGGCUCCUGAUAACUUUCAAAUACUAUCAGUUUACCACCAGUAUUUCCUCAUUGAGGACUAGCAUAUACAAGUUUGUUGAAUAAUAAUAAUAAUAAUUUACCACUUAUAUAGCACAAAUUAACAUGCAGUUGAUAUGGUCAAAUGUGCUUUACAAACUACUUAAUCUAUCUAUAAAUUUAAAAUAAUUACAAACUGUCAAGUUCUAAAAAUUUAUACAUUAAAAGCUUCCCUAAAAUAGUGUGUUUUGAGAAGUGACUUAAAAGUACUAAAAUAAAAGUUCUCCUGAUUUCUUAUUAAAACUAGAAGACUGUUCCAUACUGUUGCUGCUCAAGGCAUUAGAAAAUGCCCUGUCACCCAACGUCUUUUUCGACCUCGCAGUGUUAUCCUGUCAUAACUUUCCUGUAUUUGAUCUCAGAUUGUAACGAGAUGUCUUUUUGAUGGUCACUAAACUGCUUAGAUAUUCGGGAACAGUUUUUUUUUAUACAUUUGUAUGUGAGCAUUGCAAUCUUGAAAUUUAUUCUAAAUUUAACUGGUAGCCAGUGUAGUCUUAUUAACGACGGUGUGAUAUGAUUAUGUUUUGGAACCGAGCACACCAAGCGGGCUGCAGCAUUCUGCACUCUUUGAAGGUUAGUCAGAUGCACGGACGAAACACCAAAGAGUAAGCUAUUACAGUAAUCUAUUCUUGACAUGACAACAGCCUGAACAAUCGUCUUCCUGUCUUCAAAGCAUAAGAAUCUCUUAAUGCGCGUGAUGUUAUGUAGGUGAUAGAUCACAGAUUGACAGGUCUUAUUAAUUGCUGUUUUCAUACUCAAAAUGUUAUCGAACCAGGAUCCAAGAUUUCGAGCAUUGGAUACCAAUGAGACCAUUACUUGACCAAUUCUCAACUCUGUGAUCUUUAUCUUUUCCAGUUGUGCACAAGAUCCAAUUAUCAGAAAUUCAGUUUUGUCUUCAUUCAACUUGAGUUUGUCCACGGUCAUCCAUGUCUUAAUAUCGGCUAUGCAGUUUUGCAAAGCAGUUACUACUUCUAAUUCACAAGCGGUAGAAUCAGGCUUAAAUUAUGUGGAUUUGGUAGAAUCAGGCUUAAGGAUUAUGUGGAUUUUAGUGUAUAAUUUAAGGAUUGUUUUUGACUGUUGAGUCUAUGGAAACUUAUUUGGAUGGGACAGGAUAUAAUACUUAUGGUACCGGUAACCAGAAUCCAGAAGUGGUAUACUGGAUUCUCAGGGGGGAUACUAAACUUCGAAUCCUGGUAUCCCACUUGGACACUGAGAAAAAUAUAAAUUUCAGACCCUGCAUCACCAGUGCUGGAUAAUGGUGGGCAGUGCCAGCUGCCAGGAAAUUUUUAACAAUGAAAAUAUAUUUGAGGAAAUUUUCUUGCAUCUUGCAGGAAAUUUUUGUCAUCUUGUGUUCCGGGUACUGAAAUGCCAAAUAAGUUACGAUUGUCCACCACAAUUGUUUAUCACUAUGUGCGGCACAGUGGCACCAUAUGUUCACUGGAAUCUACAUAUUCACUAUGCAGGAAGUUUUGCAUUUGACUUACACAAGAAAUUUGUAUUUUUGAAUUUUGCUGCCAGGAAAAGAAAUAUAUUUUCUAGGCUAUUUUCUUUUACACAUUUUUCUAGUGCCUACGAUGGAAAAUGUCUAAUUUCAUUGUGUUCUGAGAGAAUAAAUCGCACAUGUGUUAUGGUCUGUAUGGCAACACAAUAAUAUUGUUCUUGAUACUUUUGGCGUAUGAUUUAAUUAACAUCCGGCAACGAUUGCCAAAAAUAUCAAAUUACAACUGAUUAUAUUUAGAUAACCAGCCAAUAAAAAUCACUUUACUUGUCAAGUGACUGGCUAGUGAAAAAUAUGUUUCCAAAGUUAGAGCGUUUAUAAUUACAAUUACUUUUAAAAAGACACACUUGCUAUGCCAUUAUUUUGGAUUGGUCACAAAACUUGCCAUCCGGUGCAUUUUUCAAUGUAAAUUUUCAACCUUAAAUCAAAUGCAAGGGAAUAUGACUGUUGUAAUCCACACUGUGGUAAACUCUUCUCCAACAGAGGAACUUUCCAUUAACUGGGUUUUUGAACAGUUUUUAAAGAUUUACGAUGUGUACGUCUAUCAAUGUAAAAACUCUUUCAUUAUAGAUUUUGUAUAUGGUGAAUUGGUAAAAACCUAGCCUGUGUGUCAAGGUCUGUGCUUGAAAUAGAGCCUGCUACUGAAGUCAAUAAAAAGUGGACAGUGAUUUGGAUGCACGAAAUUAACAACAAAUCAAAACGGCGAUUGUUAAUUAGAUUAUCAAAGCUAAUUUAAAAUAUGACAAUAACGGCCAAUUUUUCUGCCAAUAUCUCGAGAACCAAACAUUCCUAUUUUCAUUAAAGGGCAAGGAAUUACAUACUAAAUAAUAAUAACGGUUAGUGUCCGUGUUUAUAUACAGCAAAGGCAGUGAUUAAUGUGGCCAAAAGUAUAAUUACAACAGCUAUUUAUUUCUGACCAAUGGGAAUUUUGCGUACGCUUCGUAUGCAUAAAUCCAAUUUUUAUUGACUUCAGUGGCAGGCUCUAUUUCAAGCAUAGAGCCUGACACGCAGACUAGUAAAAACCAUGAUGCAUGUUUAAUACCAUUAACGGUAUUUUCCUGUGCACAGGAAAAAAUAAAGGACCAUUCAUGGUUUUACUAAUUUAGAAGUUGCGGACACUAUUCUUUUUGACAGGCGUUAGUCUUGAGGAAGUACGCGGCUGACCGCGCAGAAUUAGCCUUUUUUAUCUCUCUUUUCUCCGCUUCCUCGUCUUUUUCCGGGUUUUUUCGGUGUUUGGACUUUGGCCAUGGCCAGAAAUUCAGGACAACAUCACAGAGUAGAUAAGACAUACAGAGACGUAACUGACCGUUGCAAACACUGCGGAAGAUUACGUUAUCAUGUACCCACUUUUUUUGAGGCGACCGGGCGAAAAAUGAUCAACUGCGCGUGCUCAGCAAGUUUAAAGUGAGUCGUCAUCAGGUAGCUAUCUAGCCUGCGAACAGGCUCUCAAGCUAAAUUGAGAGCCUGCAUCGAUGACUAAUGCUUUUGAAUAUCUGCCCCGUAACGUUCGUUUUUCCAAAUAUGGAAUGUCUAUCCUUAUAUGGUGUUGUUUACAACCUUCGUGCAAACUAAAUUUAGACCGUGCAAACUAAAUUUAGACCGUACAAUUUAUACUGUUUUUCGAAAUAUAAGAUAUUGGAGCAAAAGUUCAGUUUUAAAUACUGUUUUCUCAAAACAGAACAUUUCGUGCUUUGAGAUAAGACGGCCAAGACCAAUUUGAUCAGUUAAUGUGUUUUUUAUGCAUAGUGCUUCAGCAGUUGACAUAUAUAGAGCUCAGCGGAAACAUAUAAAUUAUAGCAUCGGACCAAUGAGAAUUUCGCGUCACGAUUUGAGACGCAGAUAUUCAAAUUCAUUAGUCAUCGAUGCAGGCUCUCAAUUCAGCUUGAGAGCCUGUUCGCAGGCUAGUAGUCAUCCAAUCAGAUGCAUGCAUCUGGUAACUUGCCGAGCAUGCGCACAAAAAAAGUGGGUACACUAGUUACGUCUCUGUAUGUCUCUACUCUGUGACAACAUGGCGAUUGGCAUACGCAAUGUACUUCCUCAUUCAUUAUUCAAGAUGGCUGAUUUAUAUAUAGAUUAAGUAUUGCAAAUAUAUGUUUUAGCAAUUUCCAACAUUUUUCGUACAUAAAUCCGAGCUCUGCACGUCCAAAACAUCAUUUAAUUACUCGAUCCUUAACCGAAUAAAUUUCAGAACAGUUCAAGUAGGACAAACCAGUUCCCGAGAACUAUAUUCCUACCUUAUUUCAUCACAUAUACCGGAUAGUUAAUUCUCCCAAAAUUCGCAAACUGCACAUUUUUGGACAGCAUUUUAGGAUAUUCGUGGGCAGUACAUGGAGCUUCUGCACGUCUGCAUUGAUAAAAGUUGAGUUUAUCUUUGUUCUCCAACAGUUUACAAACCCGUAGAGGAUGGAUAAACAGGUUCCAAAAAGCCACCAAAUAUAUGCUUUUAGCAAACAGAAAAUGUGUACAUUGAGCGUUGGAAUUACCACAAAUCACUCGAAAAAUUGAAAAGAAACAGCAAAUUUGUAAAUGUUGAUCCGCCAUUUUGCUUUAAAAUUGUUGCUAGGCAACCUAUAUGACUGACAAGGUGUAUUUGUGGGCUCAGUGAGGUUGAUUUCGCAAUAAAAUUGCUCAGAUUUCGCGGGAAAAUUUGUAAAAUGUGGUAAAAUUAUUUGCAGCAGUUUCUAUUUGGGCAUCUUUAACAGUUGGAAAUUUAUUUUAAAAUACUUUUCUUUCGUUUACUUGAACAUACUGUACCUCAAGUAAGUAUUUAAACGGCUUAUUGUUGUAUUGUGCGUAUAAAAUUUGCAUACGAAUACAAUGUCGGAUACAUGCCCGACUGCAUUCUAUGUCUUCUAUUCUUUCUUGAAAUGGAAACUUGGUGAAUAUGAGCCCGCGCGUUUUUCCGCUGACUGUCCUGAAUUUCUGGCCAUGCAAUACCGACUGAAAACCGAAAAAAACCGGUAUUUUCCGGUAUACCGAAAAACCGCCCCAGCCUAUUUAGAACAGUCUUUCCGUGUGGAGGUACUAGAGGUAGUGGCAAUAAUAACAUACUUUCAUUGGUGGGGAUGCAACUACCUGUACCUCAAAUAUUUAUUUACUUUCCCAUCAUACUUAUACAUUCAUUGGCUGGGAAACCACAACAGCUAUUGCCAAUUACAGCGGCCCCAAUACUUAUACCAAAACAAUUUUCCAUAUAUACUAAACGCACACAAUAAACAAUACUUGAAUAACAGUUAUUGCAUUAUGUCUAAAAACAGCAUGUCAAUGGAGAGUUCGUUAAACUUCGAGCAGAAUUACAUUUUAUACACACACUUUUUCAUAUGCGGGGAUCCUCAGCAUAGUAUGUAUUUUCUAAUGCUAAAAUAUAGUACUUAAAAAGAAGAUUCUUGAAUUCUGAAAAUGUUCGGUCUUUGGAUAUACCGGUAUUAUGAUUAUGUAGUGUGUUCCAUAUUCUUGUUGUUCGGAUUUUGUAUAUAAAAAAGAAAUUAAUCGAUGUUUCGAAAAUUGUUACUAAUGUACCAUAUGGGAAAUCAAUAAUAACCAAUAAUAGUAGGACCUCCGUUUUUACAUUCACCAACCCAUCCAUGGAAAUUUAAUUUUUUUCCUUUGCAAGAUUUGCCAUUUGACAACUGAAGUUGAACAACUGAAAAUUUUAAUGUUUGUUUUUAGGGUUUUUCUUGUACAGACUCAAACGGCUAGCAUCUUUACAAAAGUGGAAGGACAAGGGGUUACAGUUUCUACAAAGGAGUCUGUACCCAAGGUGUCUGGUGCUUUUACUGGUGCCAAAGCCAAUCCUAGUGAUCCUGCUGCACAAGCUAGUUCUCAAAGAUGGGUACCUCCACAUAUUAUCCGAGAGUUAGAAAACUCGAACGAUGCCGUAUUUAGACGAGUCAGAGCGUAAGUGAUUCUCAAAUCUAUUUUUAUCUUUGCCUGGGGCGCAACUGAAGCAAAACUUUCCCAGGGACGCCCUAAGAUGUUAUAAAAUGAUGUCAUGAUUGUUAAAUGGGAGAAGCGGUGUUUUACAACAUAUCAAUAUAUUCAUGGUUUGAAUUAGCGGCUCGCUAUUCGCAAUAGGCAAUUCCAGCUUUUAACUUAUGCGCGCAGGGGGUGAUGGGAAGUAAGGUAUCAUAUUGCUGAUUAUGCUGAAAAAUUUCAAUAAAAAACUACCGAAACAACCGAAAUAUUUCAAUAUUUACAAGUAUAAGCUAUCACUCCGUGUUUACACACUCAGGUACUAUUUUUAUUUUUUAUUUUUCAGCAUUGUCAGCAAUAUGAUACCUUACUUCCCAUUACCCCCUGCACGCAUAAACUAAAAGCUGGAAUUGCCCAUUUGCGAAGUAAAUUCGCUUUUUGCGAACGCAAAAUCAUCCAUUUUGCGAAAGAAGUUUUGCAAAAACAAUGUAUUAAGGUUUACAUAAAAGGUUGAUUUUCACAAUUACUUCGAAUGUUUUUUACUAUAAUGUAAGAUAUGGAGCAUUUGGCUGACUAUCUAUUGUAAUUUUGCACUAAAAAGAUGUGUGAAAUGAAGAAUAUGGCUACAAUUUCUUAAGAAAAUUUACGAAAUUCGCCAUGAAACGACCGCCAUUUUGUUUUUCGCAAGCAGUGUUUCCACUUUUCGAAACUGAAAUUUUCAAGAAGGAAAUUUGCGAAUCGAUUUUCCUGCCUAAUUCGAACCCUGAUAUCAUUCAUUCGAGUGAGAUGCCACACAAAUCUUGUUUUACAACAUAUCCUUUCUUGGCCGAUAAUGUUCAGCUUAGCCGGAGGCCCAAGUCAAAAUGGGCCCCUCUUGGUGCCCUCAGUGCAUGUGACUAUUACAAGAUGUGGAAAUGCUCAGACAUCUGUCAAACGUCUAAGCCUUGCCAGGGUUGACUGCCAGCAAACAUGUGCUAAGUAGGUUUCACUGUUAUACUGGCAAAGUCAAUGCAAAGUCACUACCAUAUCAACAUUUAUCAAUAUUUGCAAAUCUUCUUCACACACGCAUUAAUGAAACUGCUGAUUGUAAUACAUAGCUUCCACAGUUUAUCAGUUGUCAUCCCUCUUAACCAUGAGGGUGUUUUUAGAGUGAGAGUUUUACAUUUUACUGCCACUACGAAAUUUUUCUUUCUGGAUAUGUAAUGUAAAAAAAAAUGGUGUGAGAAUAUGGCCCUUUUACAUCAUGUGCUGAUGCCUUAUAAAUCUUAUAGCCGUGUUUUUUUGUUUGGGAUUUAAAAAGGGAGAAAUUUUACGGCCGGUGAGUGGGUGGCAAGAUGUCGAUGGGACCUUUAGUGUUGUUGUUUACGUCUAUGAUAGUUUCGAUUUUGUGGUAAUUUUGUGACACUUGUACUUGUAGAAUCCUUAAUAAACUUACGCCUGAGAAGUUUGAAAAAUUAUCAGAUGAGCUUCUACAUGUUGGUAUCGAUACCAAAUUUGUUUUAAAAGGCAUUAUUCUUCUGGUAAGUUAACUCCUCGCUAUUUUUGGCAGAAAUUUAUCAGUCAAACUACUAUGUGUUUGAAUAGACUUUUCUCUCUAUUAUAUAUUAUAACAUGAGGGGUUUGAAGGUACUUUUUUGGUGAGCCUGUAUACCUAAUACAGUAGUGUGGUCAGAGCUACUGAGAUAUAAUGCAGUUCCAUGAUCUAAUGCUAUAAUUUUAAUAUACAGUACCUUUAAAUACUUUGGGUUUUGGAGUUUAAGAUGCUGGAAAGUGACAUUUCUGGUGAAAUGUUUAGAAGUUUAGUAGGCUUCUAGCCUCCUCAUGGAGUUCAGACAUCAGAAUACUAUCAACACUGACUCCAUGGUUUAGAUUAAUAAAUGAUUUGCCUGUACAGUAGGGGGACACUUUGGAAUGGGUUGAUAGGGAUGCAACCAAGUGAAAAUUACAAGGAGAACUUCGACAUUUCUAGCGAAUCAAGGCCCUCUGAGGAAGGGCCUUCGCUCAAAAUAUCGGCAAAGUUCUCCUAAUGUAUUUUUCUGGUAUAGUUGCAUCCCUAUCAAUCCGAAGCUUUCUUAUUAAGGUGACAUGACACGAAAUUUUUUAUUGUCCCAUCUGAAAGAAUAGUGAAUACUGUAAAGUAACUUCUUUUACAGAAUUUCGUUUACAUUCUUCCUUGGUGAGAUAAUUCAGUUUUGUUCACAUACAUUGCAAACAAAUUAACGUCACAGUUUGCAUAAUGAGCUACCAAAUAUUUGAUAAUUUAUGUAUUUUUAUCCCAACAUCGUCAUUUGCAAAACUGCAUAUGCUUUACAUUGUCCUCAGUAUAACGCAUAUAUGGAUUUUCAAACGAUUUAAUCACUUAUAUACGCGAUAACCUGACAUUUAACGAUAACUCAUUAUGCAAAGUGUGACGUAAAUUUGUUUGCACUGCAUAUCAAGGAAACUGAAUAUCCCAUCAAGGAAGCACGCAAACAAAAAUGUGCAAAAGAAGUUGCUUUACAGUUUUGACGAUUCUUUCAGAUGGGGCAAAAAAAAAUUUCGUGUCAGGUCACCUUUAAGACCCAUUUCCACUCAAAAAUUUCCACAGACAGAAAAUUUUCCGAAAAUAUCAUUGUUAAAAUUUUCUGUUUUGGUGUUAUGUACUCAGCUGAAUAUGAUGUUUGUGAUGUUACUCUGAGUGUAUAUCCACACCGGGCAAGCUUGAAAAAUAUUCCUGGCCACGUUGAGAAUCGAACCUACGACCUUUGGAAUACUAGCCCUGGCCAAUGCUCUGUCAACUGACCUACGCGGUCAGGUCGGUUCGAGUAUGUGAUAUUUCGGAAAUGAGUCGUAGGUUCGAUUCCCACCGGGGCCAGGCAUAUUUUUCAAGAUUGCCCGGUGUGGAUAUACACUCAGAGUAACAUCACAACAUCAUUGUUGAAAGUUGAAAAUUUCUUUUCGACUGCAAUUUUGUGUUGGCCAAUCACAUUUUACAAAAUUUUCUUUCUGCGGAAAAUUUUCCCGACUGGAAAUGGGACUUUAUUGGCACUACCUACACCGACACAGACCUUUCGAGAUGAUGAACAGCUAUAGUUUUGAAUAACCAUGUACUUCUAGGUUUAUGAAAAAGCUCUCGAUGAACCGAAAUACAGUUCACUCUAUGCCCAGCUCUGUCUUCGUUUCUCUGAACUUGCUCCUAAUUUUGAUGACCCGGGAAAAGCUGGCCACUCUGUAAGUAUAACCUAGUUACUGUUGUUCCUUUCUGUAUCUUAAAACUAAACUAGAAAAUACAUGCAUGCAGAAACCCUCGCCUUGCUGACAAAACCAUUGUAUUUUCCGAACAUGAAGUAUCUAAAGUAGUUGUCAUGGUAACACGAUAAUUUUUUAAGAAUAUUCUUACAAAUGAAAAAUUGCCUAAAAAUAUCACUUUUAAUUACAAAAUUAUUAAUUUCCCAACAUAUAUAUGUUAGGUAUGUUAUUAUACGUAAUAUAAGCCUCAAUUUAAGGUAAAAUUCAACCACAAACUCUUCGCAAAACGUUUUAAAGUCACUAGUGUUCUUUAUAAAACGAAACUGCCUUUUAAGGUGGCUCCCUACAGUUAUAGUCCAGUUUAAAACAUUAAUAUAGCUCAGACGUCAUCCUCGCGACUCGCGCGUGGAAUCUUCGUGGCCCGGUAAAAAUCUUGAAACAAGCCGCGGGAAGUUGUUUUUGUAUUUUUAUGUACAAAGAAAACGCCAGUUUUUUAUUAUAAUCCUAAACUUUUCAACAUUCGAACAGUACGUAUGUUGUUAGCUAGUUUUUUAGCUACCUUCAGUGUUUUUUUUUAUAUAUUUAAUACGUUCGGUACUGUAUUUCAUAAUGCUCACAAUGUUCAACAACAGUGUCACGGACUGAAAUGAUAUUUUAUACUGUCUUCAAUGCACUCCUGGACUGUCACUGAAACUUACGUAAAUCCUGUCAUUCAACUCAGUUCACAUGUACUUUUUUUAUCUGCUGAAUCCAAUAAAACUAUAAUGCAGACAGUUACGAGUUGUUUUAUACGAAAAGUCAAACUCUACUUGAAUGUUUUGAAAAGUUUUCACACCGAUUUUCACAACAAAACUAAAUUUAAGAAACGUUGGAUUAAGUCAGUGCGUUAUUGUGUUCUCAAUUUUUCGUAUUUUGAACAUAUAUCUUUUAUUUUCAUUUAAAAUAAGAAAAAAAUCUGUGUGAUACAUAUAAACCAAAAACUCAAAGUGAAAAUUGCUAAAAAAAAGCUGACUAUAAACCGUACGCGUUUCGUGUUCCUCACGCAUUAUCUUGAUUUACACGCAUGCGCAAAUAGUGAUCAUGUCGAAUCGAUAUUUUGUUACGUCAACAGCUUCAACUGGAUUUAGGACUAUUUUUCUCGCGUUUCCUUCGGUGAAAAUGUUUUAAACUUUGCACGUUUGCUAAGCAUGACAAUUCGCCAAACAUAUCAAAAUUUCAAGAAAUUCUAUAAGACAGAUUUUUUGUAGUCGUUAUUCAUGAAUAUCUCAAAACCUGCCUUAUAAACAUCCCUUCAAAUUUUAAUAUGUCAUUCCCCUUUCAACCAUAAAUCUUAAAAAAAAAAUUCAGAAAAAUUGACCGAAGGAAAAAAAAGAUAUUGCCGUUUGAUUGUAAAAUUAGACAAUAAAAGUGCAAAAGAUGAAACGUCAUGGUUGCCAUGGCAACACUAACACUGUUCCUAUUUGUUCAUAUAUCGACAGCAGAAGACUUUUGAACUUUCCUGGAAAUGAUUAUAUAAUGUAGCCCUGUCUUAAUAUGAUUUCAAAUUCUCGCUUGCAAAUAAGGCUUUCUUUUUUAUUUAAAAAAUUCAAUAUCAUAAAAAAGGAAUCAAUAUUAAAGAUAUACUGAAUUUAUAUGCUGUCUUGUUUAGUUGUUUAAUAUACGCAAAGGCCGUCGGUUUUUAAAGCCAUUAUAAAAUCAAUAUUUAGAACAAAUUUACCUUCGUUAACUUCGGCUCCCUUCUUUUAGCCGAUUCUUUCGCCCUUUCUUGAAAUUUACAAAAUCUUGCAAAAAUGCGAGCAAAAAUGAAAUAUAUUUUCAAGAAAUUUAUCAAUCAUCAAAUCAAGAAAUGUUUGCUAACUUUGCUAUUUCGCUGUCGUCAUGCAGUUAUAAUGCAAACCUUAAAUUGGACCAAUCAGUGUCCGCUAUUCAUGACAGUCCGCCAUAUUUUUGAGAUCAGUGAGGAUGACCACCCAUCGUUGGUGACCGACGCCCGCGAUAAUUUAUGAACUUUAGACUUGGUUAAUGCUUUCGUUUCCCCGGGUGUAAAUAGCCGGGGGGAUUUAGUACCCUCGCACGGCGCUUCGCGCCGUCGGCUCGGGGAUAAACCUAAUACUAAGUUUAACCAUAUUUACACCAAAGGGGCCAACUUUUCUGGUCCAUUGUUAGUGCAUGAAGACACUGGGGUAUGUUCAUUUGUUAAAUGUCAAACUCGUACAAUCAACUCCGACGGAAUUUAGGGAGGCAUGAAGCGAUGCUUCCUCAUUAUCUUUUCUCCAAAUUCAAAACUUUAAACUUAGUUGAAUUAAGAAUUGAGGAGUUCCAGGCCAACUACAAAGGUCAUGUGUGAAGGCAAUGGUAGUCUAAAGUCACUGGCCAACAACUCCAAAUUUUGUGUGCAGCUAGCUACUGUAUCUAAACCUAGAGUUACUGACUAACAACUGCAAAAAUAGUGUCCAACUAGCAGAUCUCGAAAUAAUGGCCGGUCACCACACAUGAUCGGUAAAUAGUUCAGCUUGACCAGCAAAUAUUAUCGUUUACGGGACACACAUGCAUGGCGGGUGAAAUUGUUAAUGGAAAAAAUGCGCAUACAAAUGGAGUUUUGUACAGUAGAUGUGUUAUAUAGUACACAAGUUUUUUGUUUGUCUCCAUUCAAAUAAUAAAUAUUCUUGUGUAAAUUGCGCGAUGGCCAUACUGUAUAUAAUUUUUCUCGUUAUUCUCGCCAAGAAAGGUUACUGAGUGGCUAAUAACUCCAAAAAUAGCGUGCAGCUAGCUAUUCAAGCCUGAAGUUAAUGGCUACUGUACAGUACCUCCACAGAAAUAGAAUCUUAGUACACGAGGAUUAGUGUGACGUUUUUCAUGUUCUCUGCAGUGCAUGUAUACGAAAAGGUUGACAUAAUUUGUUUACCAGGCGGCUUACCUCAACCAGCAUUUAAUGAUCACAGUCAGACGCCACCAACAAGGCAACAAAUCUUUCCCUAUACCGAACUAAUAUAUUUCAAAAAUUCUUUAUAGUAUUAAAGAACAGAUUGUCUAUUUGUUUUUGUAAUGUAUUAGAACAAGAUAUUCCGUGAUGUCAGACUUAUACAAUUUUGGCAAAUUACUAUGUGCUAUGCAUGACGUCACUCCGAGUGCCUCCACACAAUUAUUAUUAUUAUUAAACUUUAUUUAAUGAAGCAUUACAGUAUAUUGAUUACUUAAUAGUAUUCUUCCCAAUGGCCCUCGAUAUCUAAUAUGAAAAAUUUUAUUGAGAGUAACAUUGACAAUGAGUAUAUGCUUACAAUCGAUACAGCGGAACUUAUUAAUUAACGUGAUCCACUUCAUAAUUCAAUUGAAGAAAAUAGGUUUUGGGCUUCUUUUUCCCCGAGCCAACGGCGCGGAGCGCCGUUCCGGGGCGAGGGUACUAAUUCCGCCCGGCUAUUUACACCCGGGGAAAGGAACGCACUAGCGAAGUCUAAAGUUCAUCAAAUAUCGUGGGCGCAUGGCUAUGAUCCAAGGGUGGACCUCCUCACUGAUCUCAAAAAUACGGCAGAUUGCCAGGAGUGGGAUAAGCCAGAUUUCAAUUUUCAAAGACAAAUAUUUGGAAAAUCGUUUUAUGUACAAGAGCUUUGAAGCAAUUUUUGUUUGAAGAAAUCAGAAGAAUUUAUUCACUAUGGGAAAUCGUGAAUAUGGGGCCAAGUUUGCUUUGAAUGUUUAAUGUUUAUGAAUUUUGUUGCUUUACGCCUACGGCUUUACUUUUUGCCUAAAACAUGGACUGUUUUCGUUUCAACAAAGCUGUAAGUCCCCUAAAUUACUCUGUUUAAAUAUAAGAAAAAAACUUAUAAUGUAAAGGAGAGCAAAAUAGCAAAUUGAGUUGAAGACGGGACUGAAAUUACCUAACAAUUUGAAGAUAAUGUUUUAUUAAGUAAAAAAAAACAGUCGGCAAAAUAUAGUUUGGUUAAAUGAACAUGUCGAAUCAUUUUACGAAGCGUUAAGUUAAUUUUGACAUUAAAUCAAAGUCCACAAAAUGCAAAAUAACAUAUGGUACCUACAGUAUAUAUUUCGGAAAUUCAUUGUUGUACAGUUAAAAUACUAUUUUUUCAACUAUUUUGUCCUUUUGUACAAAAAAGUAUAAAAAAUUGAAAAUUUAAAAAUGUCGUGUUGUCAUGGCAACACUUGAACGCGAGCCUGCGUUUAGUGUUGGCCAUUCCAGAAUACUUCAUGCUAAUUCAAUGUUUGGAAAAUAUUGGCGAGCGGUUGCUACGCGUGUAUUUGAUUAAUUGAUUAAUUGAAGGGAUUAAUAAUAUAGGGAUUAAUUGAAGCAAGCUGAAAUAUGACUUGACUGCGACGAGAAUCGAACUCGCAAACUGCUCGAUCCCGUCCGACCUCGACCUUAAUUAGUAAUAAUUACCGGAGCUAAUGGAGUAACAAACCAUAUAAGUUGCAGGUUUGAUCCCGUGGAUUCGAGAGUUUGCCCGGCGUAGAGAUAGCGUCAACUAAUUUCAUGAUUUUCUUUUUUAGACUUUCCGUCGUCUUUUGCUCAAGCAAUGCGAAGAAGAGUUUAAUAGUAGAUCAAAAACCAGUACAGGUAGGACAACUGGGCAGGGAAGCUAAAGAGAAUUUCAAUCUGAUGAUUUUGGUAUGAGAACGCAGGUCACAGACAUGAUGACUUUGGCCAUUUGCAGUAGCCGAAAAUGGUGAAACAGUUUGACACAACAGAUAUGUCUUCAGAAUGAAGAAAUGCGACAAUUUCGUAGAAUUACCCUGGUUACAAAUAAUGGCAGCAUUGAAUUUUUUAAAAGUACAUAUAAUCUGAACUUCAGAUUAUAUGUACUAGUUAAAACAUGAGCAGCCGAUCUUUAUCUGAUAUACAAACUCGAGGUGAAGGCGAGAGUUUGUAUAUUGGAUAAAGAUCGGUGCGAAUCCAUCUUAUGAGUUUAUUGGCAAAGUAAUUUUAAAAAUAAACAUUGUCUAAGCCAACAAAAUGAAAGCUGAAGUUUAUGUAAAUCAGGACAAAUCUUUAUCCGAUUUACAAACAUUGAUUAAACCAUAAAUUAUUAAUGAGUAUUUUAAGUACUAUUUAAAGCACGCGUAGGAGUGUUUUAUCACAUAUAAAACACGACGCGUAGCGGAGUGUUUUAUAUGUGAUAAAACACGACUACAAGUGCUUUAAAUGGCUUCAAAAACGACUCAUCUUAUACGAGUUCAUUGGCGAAGUAAUUUUUAAAAUAAACUUUGUCUAAACCGAGAAAAUCAAAGCUAAAGUUUAUGUAAAUUAACAUGAUUUUUUAUCACAUAUAAAACCACGACACGCUUAUGAUUUUUCUUUGUGUUUUGCUCCUGAAUUAUUAAUGAGUUUUUGAAGUACUUUUAAAAAAUUCAAUGCUGCCAUUAUUUGUAACCAGCGCUAAUUCUACGACGUAGUCACAUUUCUUGUCAUUCUGACUUUCCAGCCGGAGCUGGGAGAAAGCACCUGACAGCACCCCGCACUACAGCACCAGUUCACCCUUGUAUAGUGGAUGACAACAUGACUUGUAUAAUUUUGUAUAGCAUUGGACAGGAAAGAUGGCGUCCUUAGUACCGAAGAGGAAGAACAAAGAGCAAGCAAUAAACGAAAAAUGCUUGGCAACAUCAAGUUCAUUGGUUAGUACAAGCACUGCAUAACCGUUUGUCGGUUCAGCGAGUGGACGAAAAAAACCCACUAAAAGACAGCUGCGAAACUUGUUAGCAACGAUACGUACUGUUUAAAUUUCAAGGAUUUACGAUUAUAAUAAAAACUGGCGGGUCUUUUCGUAGUUUUAAGAUGCUCAUAAACAACUUCCCUCGGCCUGUUUACAAAAUGUUACCUGGCCACACACCAUUUGACUAAUCAUGUCCAAGGGCGCUUCCUUAAGCCACGAACCUAGACUUCACGACAAAGUUGGUUUACUUAUUACUCUCGUGACAUUUUUUAGCGGAAACGUAUUUAAAAGUUUUUUAAUUAAUAUUUACAAAAGAACAAAGUUCUAACAUGUUGUAUUCAUUUUCUAACAUGUUGUACUGUAUUCAUUUUCUUGUAUUCAUUUUCCUGAACAUAUCGUUGUAGGUGAGCUUGGCAAAUUGGGUAUGCUACAUGAGGCUAUACUGCACAAGUGUAUUAAACAGGUUUGAUAUUCAUUUUUAUUUAACCACUAAUUUGCUAACAACUACAAUACUUCGCUCUUCUUAAAGGCAGUAUUGUUACAACAACAGUAUUUGCGCCUAUCAAGUAUAAACCAUACAAUGUUCGGUACAAUGUAUCAUUUGUAGAAAUUCACUGGAGGUAUUCUUGUGGUAUUUUUUCCUUUCGUACCAGUAAUAAUAUACAGUAUAAGUAGCUGGAUGUCCGGCAAUUUCCGAGGGAUAUUAUAGGAUCAUUGGCGUUAGGUUAUUUUGAGGUCUAAAGGGUUAUUUUAGUGUUAAGGUUGUUUUGGGUUAGGGUUAUUUGUGGAUAUUAGAGCUCGAAAUUGCCGGACCUACAGCGAUUAAGCAACGGUCUAAUAUUAGUAAUCAUAGAAUAAUAAAGGGUUAUUGACCUCGCUUGUUCGGUCUGUACUGUGGAAUAUCAGACCGAGGUUUUUUACUAUGUACCGAGCGCCGAAGGAGCGAGGUCCAUGCAAAAAACAGAGGUCUGAUAUUUCACAGUACAGACCGAACAAGCAAGGUCAAUAAUCGUUUUAUUAUAUGGCUGAACUGAGUCUGUGAGCAUAUGCUUUUCGCGCGAAUUAAGUCGGCUAUCGGUUGUUUGAAAUUUUUAUCUGUAAAGCACAAUUGGAAAUUUAAAAAGCAAAAAAAAAUUCUGUUUGCAAAGCAAAAAUUUCGUGCCAGAUAAAUGACAUCCGGGACACCGGUCCAGAUACGGAAAAUACGGACCACGGUCCGGACAUGGGUUUUUACGGACCGCUUGUCAACCAAUCAGAAUAGAGAAUUUUGAAAAGCCAUAUAAUAAUAUUUGUCAUUUUUCGUAGUUACUUGUCAAGAAGAAACGUGCGACGGUGGCAGACAUAUCUGAGGAUAUGGAAUGUUUAUGUCACUUGAUGAAGACUGUUGGCUCACAACUUGAUGUUGUCAAAGCAAGGGUAAAUAACAUAUUUUAUUCACGUAUUAUUCUUUUAUUGGUCAAGAGCAAGGGUGGGUUAACUAAGAUUUUUUUAAAAAUAUGUAGUCAGAUACAAUUGCUACACAUGGCAUUAUAUAGCUUCGGGCUAAGGUUUCAAAAUGACACCAAUUUUGUGGAUCAAUAAUUUAGUUGCCAAUUUUCCAUAUGAGGGUGUAAAAAGAAAUUUUUCCCUCGCAUAAAACCUGUGUUUAUUUUUUUCUACUUUAUUUAUCCAUCUUAAGCUUUAGAAAUACAAUGGAUUUAUAUUAAGAAUAUUAAUACAAGGUCGCGGGUUCGAUUCCCACCGUGGCCAAGCUAACUUUUCAGCUUGCCCGGUGUGGAUGCACACUCAGAGUAACAUCACAAACAUCAUAUUCACUGAGUACAUUACACCAACACACACAAAAUAAUUCUAUUUUACAAUGUUAUUAGGUAGAGCCAAAUUACACAUUAUAAGAAUAUUUUAGAAAUGUACACAGUAUAGAACUACCGUUUAAAACCAGAACCAGAUAGAAUGUGUGCUGUGUGAAUAAGAUCUUAGGCUGUAAUUGUGAUCCACAGACAAUGGAAUGUUGAGUUAUGGCUGCAUGUAUACAUUCACACCAUGGCUGUAGAUUUUAUUUUUGUGAACGCAUAGCCGAUCUUUGAAUGGAUCUCGGCUAUGCGGGUGCAGCCGUAUGGCUGUGUGGUCCAUCAAACCGACCAAAACUAGUAACCAGGGAACAAGAAUGUUUAGAGUUAUUGACCAGCAGGCCUUGAAAUAUCGGUCGGCCACGGACAUAGACCGACACAUUCGUGAAAUUGUCCGACGUAGUGAGGAAAGUACCGGACAUUCCUCCCGACCAAAGUGAAACUGAGGUUUAUUGUUUGUCCGACCCGAGUGAGGUGGUGUCCGACGUAAAUCAAAAUGUACCUUAUAGUCCAGGACUAGAGGCUCGUUUGUUAAAUGGAGAAUCGGAGUAAUGCAUAAAAAGUGAACUGGAAAUGUGUAAUCAAGCGCGGGGUUUUCACUGUGGCGUUCGGAAAUUCAUUGCCAAGAUUCAAAUGUAUUGACUUAUUUCCAAGCCAAUCUGAACUCAAAGUCAUCGGACAUCACAAUGCAUGUCCGAUCCAAACUUAAAGUCAUCGAAUGUUUUGUCAGACGGUUCUCUGACCGAUAUUUUAAGACCUGAACCAAUAGCUGCAGGUUUAGAUAGCUAGCAACCUCGCAAGCGAGGGAAGCGGAAGUAGAGAGCAUGGGCCUGCCUGUCUUGCGAGGUUGGAUAGCUAGCUGAACUGCUCCCACAUCAUUUUUGGAGUUGGCCUGUAACUCAACUAAGCGAACAUCUUGCAUUUGCACUUUGGAGGUAGCUUCGCUCCGUGGCUCCUUAACUUUGGCAGUCAUGAUUCACACGUUGGAAUUUUUCAAGUUAUUUACUUGGUUUAUUGGUUAAAGUUGAAAUAUUUUCGUCGACGGAAAUUUCAAGCUGAGAACUAAAUAUAAACAUGAUAAUAGUAUAAUUUAUAUUUUAUAGUUUCAUCUUAUCACACGUAUGUUAUGGCAUGAGAUAAGACAAAAAUGUAUUACAAUUCUUUCGUUUAUAUUCGCGACAAAAUGCCAGCAGAAAGUAAAGCGUAGUUAUCGACCUAGACCUCUUUUUUUUCCUUUCAAUUCCAUCCUUAACUUGCGUAUUUCGUCUUGUUUUUCAGCCGUUAUUUGAUCAAUAUUUUGAUCGUAUUCAACACAUUCUGGAGAACACAGAACUUCCAUCCCGUAACCGUUUCAUGCUACAAGAUAUCCUGGAACUUAGAAAAAAUAAGGUGACGUGUUUCCACAUUGUUUGCGUGCAGUGCCCAGUUUUCUUUUUCACAUGAAUAUUUAAUAUAAGAUAUGACUGUUAGUAUGAUGUCGUACAAGAUGACGUAUCAAAACAACUUGUAAACUAAAUUUAAAUAUGGCAAUGAGGAACAGGGGUGGCAGUCGCGCUCUCCCUUGCUGCUGAAUUACCCCCUGCUUCUGUAGGUCUAGGGCAGGGGGUUUACCUCGUUUGGGUAACUGCAGGACAGCGGCUCACACUAGGCUUGGAGAGGGGGUAGGAGAAGGGGCAAGUGCCCCCCACUAAUUUCUUGAAGCAUUCAAAUGAUUGCUGACUAAGCCUGUAACAAUGAUUCUACAAUGGUGAAUGCCUUGAUAGGCUGUUGAAAGCUUUUUAUAUACAAUUGAUUAAGAGAUUAUAUACAAUUUGUAAUGGAAAUUACACGGUUCGAGAAGUAUUAAUGAAAAAUCGCACGCGUGUUUGGCGAAAAAUUUAUAAUACCACGAGUGCACAGCACGAGCGGUAUUAUAAAUAUUUCGCCAAACACAAGUAUAUGAUUUUUCACUAAUACUUUGAGAACAAAUGUAAUUUCCUAUUAAUAUGAUUUUAUAGUCAAUUUUAUACGAGCAAUCAAUGAUAAGAAACAUUGUAUUUUAUGUAUUCAAGCGAGCACAGCCAUACGCGCUUCUGCAUGGAGUAAAUUUUGAGAGCGAUUUCUGACAUUCAUUUUCAAUUCAUACCUGUAAAAACUGUGAAUAAUCUUUAUUUCUUCUUUUCCCUUGUUAACCAGGAACUGCUGCGAAAUAUGCAACUAUAAGUCCCUCUGUAAUCAGACAUGAGUCACAAGCCCUUAGAAAGCCUUCGACACGAUUAGUUUGAGCUGCGUCCUUCGUAAUUCAGCUCAGCUCUCAGCUGCGAGUACAGUGUGAGGAUGAUUACCCCCCCCCCUUCCCACUUACUUACAAUACUCGGUUACAAUAUAUUUUGUAUGCAUAGUGGGUGCCAAGACGUACAGAACAAGACAAUGCCGCUCCAAGACCUAUACAUGAAAUCAGGCAAGAGGCAUGGCAGGUAAUGUUUUAUCACACUUUUGAUUUAAAGCCAACUACCCCCUGA